AUGCAGAAAUUGGUUAUCCCAAUUAAUGUUUUCAUCUUGAAUAUCGUGAUUAAUAGUUAUUGUCUGAUGCAUCGUUCUAAUUGUGCAUUUUCGAUGUUACCCAUUUACUUGAAGAAUGGCAUUCCAUUUAGUGUUGUCACCUUUAACACCCUAUUAAGAGGAAUCUUUGCUGAAAAUAAGGUUGAAGAUGCAAUUGAAUUGUUCAAAAAAUUGGUGAGAGAGAAGAUUUGUGAGCCCAAUAAAGUCAUGAAUGGACUUAGCAAAAGGGGUCAUACUGACAAGACUUUAAGUUUGCUCCGGAUUGGUCAGUGGGAAAAGGUUAAGAUUUUGUUAUCUGGGAUGGUGAACCACAAUAUUUAUCCAAAUGUGCGCAGCUUCAGUAUACUAACAGAUGGACUAUGCAAAGAAGGGAAAGUUGAAGAUGCCGAGGAAAUAAUGAAACACGAACAUGUCACUUACCAGGUAACCAACCACAUUCUUGUUGAUCUAACCAGUAUGAUACAGAUGGUGGGUGUCUACCGGAGAUGUCGUCCAUGCUGUUGCAAAUUUGCACUUUCCUUCAGUGUGACUCGACUUGCAUUGAAAGCUCGGAAAAACGUUGAACACCCAUUAAAUGCUUUGCGAUUUUCUGUUUCUACUAUCUGUCCCAGUAACAUCCAGGAAACUGCACUAAAAUGUCUCAGAGGAAAGAUCUCAUCUCAAAGGAUAUCGAAAUGGAAGUAA